AUGGGGAAAUACCUGUUACUGUUAACUGAUCAAGAAACUGAAAAGCUCGAGCUGAACUUGACUGGUUGUUUACUAGAAAGUGGAGUCACUGAGAACGACCAUGCUAAGAAGACAAGUUCAGCUUCGAUUCUGGCCCUCUACACUGGGAAGAUAAUCUUGGCCUCAACCGGGAAUUUCUCCUCCUGCCCCGGGCUCACAUGCGCCUUCCAGGGCUACUCGUCCACGGGCCUAGCCCAGCGCUCUCUCUUCAACCUGCAAAUCUAUGGAGUGUUGGGGCUCUUCUGGACGGUUAACUGGGUACUGGCGCUGGGCCAGUGCGUCCUUGCCGGGGCCUUUGCCUCCUUCUACUGGGCCUUUCAUAAGCCUAAAGACAUCCCUACCUUCCCCUUGAGCUCAGCCUUCAUCCGCACCCUCCGUUACCACACUGGGUCGCUGGCGUUUGGAGCCCUCAUCCUGACCCUUGUGCAGAUAGCCCGGGUCAUCCUGGAAUACAUUGACCACAAGCUAAGAGGAUCCCAAAAUGCUGUGGCCCGGUGCAUCAUCUGCUGCUUCAAGUGCUGCCUCUGGUGCCUGGAGAAGUUUAUUAAGUUUCUCAACCGCAACGCCUACAUCAUGAUCGCCAUCUACGGGAAGAAUUUCUGUGUCUCAGCCAAAAACGCCUUCAAGCUGCUCAUGAGGAACGUUCUCAGGGUAGUUGUCCUGGAUAAAGUCACAGAUCUGCUGCUCUUCUUUGGGAAGCUGCUGGUGGUCGGAGGUGUCGGUGUCCUGUCUUUCUUCUUUUUCUCCGGUCGUAUCAAGGGGCUGGGGAAAGACUUUGAGAACCCCAACCUCAACUAUUAUUGGCUGCCCAUCAUGACCUCCAUCAUGGGAGCCUAUGUCAUCGCCAGUGGCUUCUUUAGCGUGUUUGGCAUGUGUGUAGACACGCUCUUCCUCUGCUUCCUGGAGGAUCUGGAGAGAAACGACGGUUCCCAGGAGCGGCCCUACUACAUGCCCAUGGCACUGAUGAAGAUUCUGGGCAAGAAGAAUGAGGUCCCUGCUGGGGGCAAGAAGAGGAAGAAGUGAGAGGUGGCAUCGUGACCCAGGACAGCAACCCUCCUGUACAGAAGCCCAGCCAGAUACGCCUUAAGAAUCACAAUUUUAUAGUAAACAAAUUUUAUUAAAGAUUAAUAUUUUA